GACCACAGAGUAUCUUCACAGCUGCCACGGUAACAAGAAAGCAGCUGGCAUUGGGGGGAGGGCUGUUGAAAGGGGCAGCAGUAUCCCUGCAUCAUUUUUGAAGACAAGACAAAGCCCGAAGUGUUAAUUAAUACGGAGAGGGGAGGUUCACCAUGGCCCUCCGCAUUCGGGGGUUGUCGCAGAGGGCACUCGCUAGCCGCCCGAUCUGCCUUCAGCUCACCUCGUCCGCUCGCGCUUUCACACUAUCGGCCCGGCUCGCCGCCUCAAGACGAGCCAUCCAGCGCCAGCAAGCCAUCACCCUGCGAGUCCAACGACCACCGCAACCAGGACCUCAAACCCCUCCCUCUUCCCCCCAGCGCUCUUCUCGCGACGAGCCAAAAGCCGAAUCCCUCGCCACCCUCGUCAACCAAAGGAGAUGGCCUCUCUUCUUCAUCGGCCUCAUGGCCCUCGGCAUGAGCUUCUACAUCUCCGUCGUCAUCACCACCGCCCUCAAAGACGACGGCGAUGACAAGGUCCCUCUCCCCCCUUCCCCUUCCCCUUCCCCUUCUUCCUCCUCCUCCCCCUCCUCCUCCUGCUGCUACGACGCCCACCUCCCCGCGCCGACCGGCCUCCCCUCGACCCUCGACACGAGCAACCCGGCCGCGGCGGCGGCCUCGGCCCGGGACUUUGACCGGUCGCUCAACACGCCCGAGUGGCUGAUGGGCAUCACGAAGCUGCGGCGGGCGCUCGCGCUGCGGGCGCGCGGGCACGUGCUCGAGGUGGCCGUCGGCACGGGCCGCAACCUGGCGCACUACGACUGGAGCGAGGUGGCGUCGCUGUCCCAGGACGAGCCCGAGGCCCGCGCCGCCCGCGAGCGCGAGCGCGUCGUCCGCCUGCUCGACCGCCACCGCCUCGGCGGGCCCACGCUCCGGGAGCAGCGCGAGCGCGAGCGCGCCGGCGAGCUCGGCAGCCUCGACGGCGAGGUCCUCAGCUACACGGGCGUCGACGUCAGCGCCGACAUGAUGAGCGUCGCGCGGGACCGGAUCCGCGAGGCGGUGCCCGGCCUGUCGAGGCUGAUGAGGCGGCGGCGGCUCGAGGAGAUGCCGCGGCUGGACGCAUCCGCCGGGGUGGGCGACGAGGGCGUCCCCGUGGUGGAGGCGCUGGACGGGCGCGUGCGGCUGGUGCUCGGGGACGCGGUGCGCGGGCUGCCCCCGCCGCCGAACCCGCCGGCGGGCGGGAGGGGCACCGCGCCGGCGGCCGUGCCCCCGGCAAAGUACGACACCAUCAUCCAGACGUUUGGGCUGUGCAGCGUGGCGGACCCGGCCAGGCUGCUCGCCAACAUGGCCGCCAAGCUGCAGCCCGACACGGGGCGCAUCAUCCUGCUGGAGCACGGCCGGGGCGUCUACGACUGGAUCAACAGGCGGCUGGACAAGUCGGCCCCCAAGCACUUCCGCAAGUUUGGAUGCUGGUGGAACAGGGACAUCGAGAAGCUCGUGCGGGACGCCGCCGAGACGAUCCCGGGCCUGGAGAUUGUCGAGCUGGACCGGCCUCUGUGGUUCCAGUGGGGGACGACAUUGCUGAUCGAGCUGAGGCUUAACAGCCAGGGAGGCAACGGCGCUGGACAGAAAGCGUAGAGAUGUUAUGGUGGCCGGCCGAACCCGGAUCGUCUACCGUGAUAUACCUCCUAGACGGAUUGAACUCCGGCUCUGUAUGGACACAAUUAUCGCUACCCGAGAGAUCCCAUGUGUCAAGUACUCUUUCGAGCACCUACUAUGCCUAGUAUUGUUGUUGUCUUCUUGGGGGUUUUCGAGAC